CCAAAUUUAUCUCCUCCUCAUAUAUAUAAAACAAGAGAGAGAUUAUUUUCUCUCACGCUUGCUCGCUCUAAGGUUUCCACUGCUACGAAGUUAUCUCCAGAAGGCAGAAGAGGAACCCUAAGAAGCAGAACAACUAACCAGAGAGGUUAGGAUACUCUUUAUACUUGUGUGUGUCUGUAUUGCUGCUGCUACAAUGUCGGACUCUCACGAAACUGAUAAGAACAUUGAGAUCUGGAAGAUCAAGAAGUUGAUUAAGGCACUGGAGGCUGCGAGAGGCAAUGGCACCAGCAUGAUUUCUCUUAUCAUGCCUCCACGUGAUCAGGUAGCUCGAGUUACUAAGAUGCUGGGUGAUGAAUUUGGUACUGCUUCAAACAUUAAAAGUAGGGUUAACCGUCAGUCCGUGCUGGGAGCCAUUACUUCAGCUCAACAGAGGUUGAAGCUUUACAAUAGGGUCCCCCCCAAUGGUUUGGUUCUGUAUACUGGAACCAUUGUGACUGAUGAUGGGAAAGAGAAGAAGGUGACCAUUGACUUUGAACCUUUCAAGCCCAUUAAUGCAUCGUUGUAUCUCUGUGACAACAAGUUCCACACCGAGGCUCUAAAUGAAUUACUGGAGUCCGAUGAUAAAUUUGGGUUUAUAGUGAUGGAUGGGAACGGAACCCUUUUUGGUACAUUAAGUGGAAACACGCGUGAAAUUCUUCACAAGUUCACUGUUGAUCUCCCAAAGAAGCACGGGAGAGGAGGACAAUCUGCUCUUCGUUUCGCUCGUCUUCGAAUGGAGAAACGCCAUAACUACGUGAGGAAGACAGCUGAGUUAGCUACACAAUUUUACAUCAAUCCAGCAACCAGUCAGCCAAAUGUGUCAGGGUUAAUUCUCGCUGGGUCUGCUGAUUUUAAGACAGAAUUGAGUCAGUCUGAUAUGUUUGAUCCUCGUUUACAGGCUAAAAUUUUGAAUGUUGUGGAUGUUUCAUAUGGUGGUGAAAAUGGGUUCAAUCAGGCGAUUGAACUCUCUUCAGAAAUUCUUGCCAAUGUGAAGUUUGUCCAAGAGAAGCGGUUGAUUGGGAAGUACUUUGAGGAGAUUAGCCAGGACACAGGGAAGUAUGUCUUUGGCGUUGAGGAUACACUGAAGGCAUUGGAAAUGGGUGCUGUUGAGACUCUAAUUGUGUGGGAAAACUUGGAUAUCAGCAGAUACAUUCUUAAGAACAGUGUUACUGGUGAGACUUCAAUCCAACAUUUCAACAAAGAACAAGAGAAUGACCAGAGCAACUUCCGUGAUCUUGCCAAUAAUGCUGAAUUGGAAGUUCAGGAGAAACUACCUCUCCUCGAGUGGUUUGCAAACGAGUACAAGCAGUUUGGUUGUGCUCUUGAAUUUGUUACCAACAAAUCUCAAGAAGGUUCCCAGUUUUGCAGAGGCUUUGGGGGGAUCGGUGGAAUUCUUCGCUACCAGCUUGACAUGAGGACAUUCGAUGAGGUGUCUGAUGAAGAAAUUAAUGAAGAUUCUGACUAGCAAUCAAUCAACCAAUCUUCAAUUGCCGGUGCAAGAGGAGAGACAAGAGCUUGCACUGGAUGCAGCAGCACGCGGCCCUGCGCUCGCUGCCAGUCCGCUUCGCUCCCUAAAUGCGCUAAAUGAAGAGAUAAAUAAUUAGGUAAGGGAGCACAAUAAGGUGAUUUCGUAAGGUAUUUUCAUGGAUAGUUACAGAAAACGUACUUAUGCUGGCUCGGUAACACUGGAUGUCUCAAAAGCUGUAGUUCUAUUUUUCAAUUCAAGGAAUGUGGGCGUUGAAUCAAUAGACGACAACAACAAGGGUUUUUAUUACGCUAUGUUCAGUUUAUGGAUAUUAUUUGGUUCUGCUUUUUAAGUUCAGGGUGCAAAAUAGUCUUUGGCUCUUAGUAGUUUACCUUGCGUUGGAUUUACUCCCUGUUCUAGUUAAAGGAUAUAUUAUUGGUGAACAUCUAUGUCAUCUUUGCUAUCAAUUAGUGCUUGUAGUUUGAACUUGAAGAAUGCUUAUUUGUUGUUUUUGAAUUAGUGCUUGCAGUUUGAACUUAAAGAGUGCUUCUUUGUUAUUUUUGCUCUAAUCGUGAUAUUUCUGUAGUUAAUAAUCUGUUGA